AUGGAAAAAUCGCAAGGAAAUAUCCCGCAUGAGCAGAGAAAACCCUGUAACAGGCGCAGGAACUUGUUGCUCUGUUCAGUGCUUUUCCUCUCUUUAAUAUUCUUUUACUUCAGCCCAUCUUUGCGUUUAUGGGCCGGACACUGCUUGAAAUCAUCGUCAGGUAGCCGUCUUUCUCGUGGUGACCCGGAGAAAUGGUGCCCCCUGCCGAAUAUCACUUCCCCGGAAGAAGAUGGCCUUAAGUCAAGCGAACAUUUUAUGGACUCUCGGGAAUUCCAAUUGGCAGUGGAACGGCUCUCAGCAGCAGUGCGCGUUCCGACCGAGAGUUUCGAUGACAACGGUGACGUCGAUGAGGAUCCUCGUUGGGCAACGUUCGAUGACUUACACCAAGUCUUGGAGCAACUAUUCCCGCUCGUACACUCACGACUAGAACUUCGCAAGGUGAAUCGAUAUGGCCUCCAAUAUACGUUCAGGGGCACAGAUCCCUCGCUCAAGCCCAUCCUAUUGACGGGACACCAAGACGUCGUCCCUGCUGGCACAGCUUCUCGUUGGACCUAUCCACCGUUCGACGGACAUUUCGACGGAACCUUCGUAUGGGGCCGAGGGGCGGCUGAUUGCAAGAGCGUUGUCAUUGGGAUCCUUUCGACCAUUGAGGACCUACUCUCGCAAUCGUUUAAGCCACAUCGCACUAUUGUGCUUGCUUUCGGCUUCGACGAAGAGACAGGUGGUCUCAGAGGAGCAGCUUCUUUAAACGAGUCUCUGAUUCAGGAAUGGGGACGGGACUCCUUCUUGUUUAUUUUGGAUGAAGGUGGAAUGGGUAUCCAGAAUCAGGGAGACGACAUCAUCUAUGCCUACCCUAGUGUAGGUGAGAAGGGUUACUACGACAUUCAACUAACUCUUGAGGUGAAUGGCGGGCAUAGCUCAAGGCCGCCAAAACACACGGGAAUUGGUAUCAUGGCGGAUGCAAUUGUGGCCUUGGAGAGCAACCCGUACUCCCCGCAACUAACGCAAUCCAACCCCUUCCGAAGAGUAUUGGAGUGCAGAGCGAGAUACUCUCCAGACGACGUACAACCGUGGCUGCGUGACGAACUCCUUAGCGGGAACGAGAAGGAAAUUGCCCAGAAGAUCGCGGACGAGGGAACAGACGAUCAAUGGCUGCUGAAAACAAGUCAAGCCAUCGAUGUAAUUACUGGUGGAGUCAAGGUCAACGCUCUCCCCGAAAAUAUCGAGCUACAAGUCAACCAUCGAGUAGCGCUUCAUGAUUCGGCCGAAUACAUCAACAAGCACAUCCAAGAAGUGCUGACCCCCGUGGCGCGGAAAUACGGGUUCCAGUUUGAAGGUUUUAAUACCUCAGUUUCUCAAGACUCUGGUUUAGACACUGCUUCAUUUAGCAUCUUAAGAGCGCGAUCCCUGCAGAUCAUCUACCCAUCCCCUACCGCGCCAACCGACAAUGAUGUGUGGGCGAUCUUCAGCGGCACUAUAAGACAUGUAUUCGAGACUACGCAGACUGCAGAGGGCAGGACUGUUGUCCCAGUUGGGAAUAUCAUGACGGGCAAUUCAGACACAGUAAAUUAUUGGGACCUAACUAGGAACAUAUAUAGGUUCACUCCUUCAAGGAAUGGUACAAGAAUGAACCAGCAUGGAAUCGACGAAAGAAUGGGAAUUACUGCUCAUCUAGAAGGCAUGAGAUUAUACUAUGACUUGAUUCGCAACUUCGACAGCUGGAAGGAUGAAUAA